AUGUUCAAAAUCGACGACCAGAAUUCAAAUAAUAACUCAAGUGUUAUGCUAUUACUAGAAUCCAUGUCCUCCAAUGUGGUAAAUGCCGAAAUUCCCGGGAGAGCACCUAAUGCAUCUAUAAUUUAUAGAAAAGUUUAUGUAGAAACAGCUCGUGAGAACGGACAUUAUUUGCCAAUGACUAUUGUAUCUUCUAUGGCGUCACAGAGUUGGGAAUCUGCUGAUGAGACUGUCAAAGCCGAAUAUCGUCGAAUAGUUAAAGAAGCUUUGAGGGUACUUAACGAGAUAGGAGACAUAAAAAUAAAAAAUCUUAAUACAAAAAGUAUUAAAGAGAUAAUAAACAAUAAAAAUAUUGAACCUAGAGAUACUAAACCCGUUAUCUUUGUUGCAUCUUCACAUAACAUAAUUUCUACACUUGAUCUAUCCUUUAAAAUGUAUUCAAACACGACACCUGUAUUUACAAACAAUCCUUCGAAUCUCGAUUCAUCUAUUAUAUCUUCUAUGGAGUCACAGAGUUGGGAAUCUGCUGACGAGAUUGUCAAGGCCGAGUACUGUCGAAUGGCUAAAGAAGCAUUGGGAGCUGAGGAUACGGAUAUAAAAACAUUCGAUAUAGACGGUGUAUUUAUUGAUGUCUAA